CAUAAUAAAUAUAAAUUAUUUUAAUUAUUAACAAAUAUAAUAAAAUAAUAAAAAAAUACAACUCUGUGUGAUAUAUUUAAAAAAACUAAACUAUACAACCAAACAACAUGUGUACGAAUAACAGUAAUAUGUUGUAUAAUACUAAUACUACUUACUCUACCUACAAUAAAAUUGUGUGCAAUUAAUAAUCUUCAAUAAUUCAUUUAAUGGACAUUGAUGUUUUUGCUGUUGUUUUGGUUGCGUGACGUUACUAUAACAUAAAUAUAAUAUAAAAAUCAUAUGUUAGAUACUAAAGAAAAUCGUGCAAAAGGAAAAAUUCAAUAUAUCGUUAAGAAUAAAACAUUAACGUGAUGACACGUUCCUAUGAGCCUGCACCGUCCAUAGAAAAAGACGAAAGUCAACUGAAAACAAAUGCAGACGAUGAUAAUGAUACCAGUUUCGAAAUAGAUGAACCAGAAGAUGAAGAAACUAUAUUUGUGGUUAAAGGACAUAAUGUCUAUACACCUACCAAUGAAACUAAUGAAAAAAUAACUUCACGUUUAAACAGUCCCUCAGGGACUAAUGAAGAUGAAGAUCAAAUUUCUCUACAAGAAGAAAAAUCAAAUGAUAUAACCCCCAGUACAUCUGUUUGCAUAAAGGAUAGUCAUCUUUCUGCAAAAACUAAUAAUCGCGAUGAAUCCAAUGAAGAUUCAGAUUGUUCAUACGAUUCUUAUACUUAUUCUUCCACGCCCACAACCGCAGAUGUGGCAGAUGUCACAACUGUUACUUUAUACCAUGGCGGCAACAGUGGUUGUAGUAAAAUUAUUAGGCAACCCUGUAGGCGACUGCCACCUUCAGCUAAUGUUCUAGUUAUAGCAGUACAAACGAGUCACAUGAAUGAUAUUGGCUCGGUAGCAGAAGAUACUUGUUCAGGUUCUUUAGAAACAACAACGACUGAUCUCGAAACGGAAAAUGCACCCUCUAUAAGUCCCUAUAACAAUAGACGUCUUCAGUCAGUUACGAAUUCGUCUAAUCUAAUGUACAAUUCCACAAUACAUUCCAUACCCUCAGUACUGUUAACUCAUCCCACUGCUGCUUUCCAAGAAACCGACUCAAAUGCUAUCGAAAUACCUCCUACGCGUACUAAUCGCCAUCAGCGUACUAUGUCUUCAACAUCACAACGUUCAAUAGCCUCACAGCAUUCAGUACAUACCGCUAAUACAACAUUGUCCAUAACUCAGCCGAAAAGUCGAAUCUGGACGUGUUUAAGGUGGAUUUGUUUAAGAUUUAAGAGUUCCGGCAUAGGAGAACCAAGUGUACAUCAUGCUUUGGUUGUGAUCUUUUUAGAAUUUUUUGCCUGGGGUUUGCUAACAAUGCCAGUUAUAUCGGUGUUAAAUCAAACGUUUCCCGAACACACAUUCCUAAUGAAUGGUCUAGUCAUGGGAAUUAAGGGUAUAUUAUCAUUCCUAAGUGCACCCCUGAUUGGUGCUCUGUCAGAUAUUUGGGGUCGCAAAUUUUUCUUGUUAAUAACAGUAUUUUUCACAUGUGCUCCCAUACCUUUAAUGACAAUAAACACAUGGUGGUUUUUCGCAAUGAUCUCAAUAAGUGGCAUAUUUGCUGUCACAUUUUCAGUUGUAUUUGCUUAUGUAGCAGAUGUGACCACAGUGGAAGAACGAUCACGUGCUUAUGGUUUAGUAUCGGCAACAUUUGCCGCCAGUUUGGUAAUCUCACCUGCUCUUGGUGCUGCUCUAAUGGAAAAGUACAGUGAUACAUUAGUCGUUGCUCUAGCUACAGCAAUCGCCGUAUUGGAUGUGUUCUUUAUAUUAGUAGCAGUCCCUGAAAGUUUACCAGAUAAAGUGAGAGGCUCCUCUUGGGGUGCUCCCAUUAAUUGGGAGCAAGCAGAUCCUUUUGCAGCUUUGCGCAAAGUUGGUACAGAUCAUACCAUUUUGAUGCAAUGUGUUACCGUAUUGCUGUCGUAUCUACCAGAGGCUGGACAAUAUUCUUGUAUAUUUGUCUAUUUAAAACUAAAAAUGGGCUUUAAUACCAUGGAAGUGGCUAUUUUCAUUGCUGUAGUUGGUAUACUAAGUAUUAGUGUUCAAGUAACUCUUGGUUAUUUAAUGCGGAGGGUUGGAGCUAAACGCACUAUUGUUUUGGGUCUUAUAUUGGAAAUGACACAACUAUUUUGGUACGGUUUUGGCAGUCAAAAGUGGAUGAUGUGGGCUGCUGGAAUAUUGGCUGCUUUGGGUUCGAUUACAUAUCCAGCUAUUAGUGCAUUUGUCUCCAUACACUCAACGGCAGAUAGUCAAGGUGCCGUUCAAGGUAUGGUCACUGGCAUGCGUGGACUAUGUAAUGGCUUAGGACCGGCUAUGUUUGGUGUUAUAUUUUAUUUAUUCAACGUUGAUUUGAAUAAUGAAAAAUCACUACAAGAGAAUGUCGACAAUGAUAACUGGUUUCAAUUUCCGGGACCGCCAUUUGUCUUCGGUGGUUUUAUGGUCAUACUUGCCAUACUCGUAGCACUGUUUAUACCAGAGGUACAUGGUGAUAUGAAUUUUAUACGUACUCCCAAUGAGAAAAAACGGGCUUCAGUAGAUGUACAAUAUGAAGUGGAAGGUGGUAUAAAACCAACAAGCCCUUUAAUGCGUUCAGAUUCAUUGGCGCAGCUGUAGUAUUGUUACCUAAUAAUAAGAAAAUUAUUGUGUUAAAUUGUAAGCUUAAACAAAAACAAAAAAACAAAGAAAACAAACCAACCAACACACACACAAAAGAGAAAAUAACUAGAAUGCUUUUUAUAUAAAAAAAAAUCAAAUAAUGUUUUAACAUGAAAAAAAAUAUGGUUCUUAUUAUCAACAAUAUCUUUAUUAUUUUCAAUCCUGCCAUUUAUAGUUACAAUAAUUCUUAUUUAUAAAUUACUGCAUUUGCUAAAAGAGGUAUAUAACUCAAAAAGAGGUUUUAUUUUUCGUUUGGCUAAAUAGUUAUCUAAUUAAAUAUUUAAAAAAAUUCUUAAAAUCAUAGUAAAGUUAUAUUAUGGGAAAUCGUUUUUGCGUUAUAUUCCUUGUUUUGGCAAAUGAAGGCUAUGAGAAUGCGCAAAAGUGAAAGGCAAUAAUAUAUUUUUGAUUAAAAGACUCUUUUUUUUAAUGACAAAAUUUAAUUUAACUGAUUUAUUUAUUAUUAUUUAUUUAAAUGUUUAAUUUAACAAUUUAUAUUUGAAGCUUUUGUUUGUUUUUUUUUGUAAUGAAAGUAAUACAUACAUAAUAAUUUGAAUUUACAAACUUCUUUGUUGUGGUUAUCAUUCAUUACAUCUUAACAGCUUUGCUGCUUCAGAUUUUAAACUGCUGUGUCCUUAAAAAAAAGCUUUGCAUAUAGAAACUAACAUAUCGUUAUCUAAAAUUGAAAAGUCUUGCAACUAAUAAUUCAAUAUUUUUACAGAAACAAGUAAAGUAAUUGUUCGGCUGUGCCGAAUCUUUUAAACAAUUCUUUAAAUGUUUAUUUUUGGAGCAACAUAUUUCUUGGGUUCAUUUUUUUCUUUACAUAUUUUGCUUAAUUAUUGAAAUGUUAGUUGUUCUUUUUUUGUGUGUUUUAGAUAGAGAGAUAUUACUGUUAGGUUAACAGUUUAUUUAGAAAACUUUCAAACCCAGUUUUUGUCUAUUAAGUCCUUUUAUACUUUAAUUUUGUGUGAUUUUCCAAUAUAUUUACAUUUCACAAAUCUUUAUAAAUAAUUGCCACAAUCGGAAUCAGCCUAUUAGAUUUUAGUUUACAAUAUGUAACCAAUACAUACAUAUAUUCUAAUAUCGAUUUUAUUUUGCUGUACAGCUUUAAAGAAAAGAACAGUUUCUGGCUUUUGAAAACCAAAUACUUUGUAAUAAGAAAGUGUUUCUUUAUGAUACUUUUUAACAUAUAAAUCUAAACAUCGAUUUGGUUUAAAUUUAAGACUUUCAAAUAUUUAUAUUUUUUUAAAUUUGUAAAAAGAACUACUUUAAUAUAAUGAUGCAACAUCACAUACAUACAAAAUACUUGCCAUUUGUUUAUUUAAAACAAAAUUGAGUCUUGUUUUAUUUCCUUCUCUUUUUCUCCCCUACUUUCUUUUAAUCUUUCAUUUAUUUAUAACUAAAUGUUACUAAUACAUACAUACAUAUGUUAUUUUCCUAAAAAAAAAAAAUAUAAUAAUUUAGACAAUAAGCUAAUUUGUAAUUGUACAUACAUUUGAUAUAUAAUGAGCGAAUUAACAAUCUGGGCGAAUAAAGUUGUUCAGAGAAUCUUAAACCAUGUAAAAUGUAGAAAUUGAAUGCUUAUAAUUCUUGUUUCUUUAUAAAUUUAUUAGUUUGUAAACAUACACACACCCACACAAACACAAAUUACACAUAUAUAAAUAUAUAAAAUUAUAUAAUUAAUUAAUAAACUAGUUAUAGCAACUGUUAUGAACUGUUAAAGAAAACAACAAAACAAAAGUAAAGAAGAAACAAAAUAUCCAAUUAUUUUUAUCAAAACGCAUAAUCUUCGAAAAUUGUGUCCAAAACGGUUGGCAUUCACAUACUACAUACAUACAUAUGUAAGAAUGUAAGUUUAUCAAACUGUGAUGAUAUGUUAGAAAUGGUAACUAAUAAUGAAUGGUGAUGAUGAUUUUUUUUUGUUUUUUGGUUUGUUCUUAUUUUAUUUAUUACGGAAUGAUUAUCAAGAUAUAUAUAUAUCUAACUACAUAUAUUUUUGUGAAUUGUUUUUGUAUUAAUUCGAAUGAUAAUAAAUGUGUAAAUAAUCUUAUAGUCUGUCAAUCGUUUGGAUGUCAAUUAUCAAAUAAUAUACAUACCUUUCUUUAUAUACAUACAUACAAACAUACAAAUGAUAAGUUUUUUAAAAAAAAAAUAAUAUGUAACAAUAUGUAGAGUAUUUUGUAUUUGUUUUGUUUUUGUCAAAACUAAGCUCAUCUAACUAAUAACAAAUCCAAUUCGUAGUCCUUCAGUAAUAUUUAUUUGUAUUUGUCUUAUGUUGGUGCUAAAUCAAUUAUUUAUUAAUUACUUUAAUUUAUAAUACUUGGACAAGUUUUUAAUUGAUUACGGGUAUAUGCUUAUAAGCCGAUUUGAUAUCAAUAAUAUCUUUCAAGAUUUGGUUAGCAAUUUUUAUUUAAUUAGAAGAUCCCUGUUUACAUUCCAACAUACGUUGGCUAUCUAUAAUUCUGUAUACAUUUCUCUAUAAAUAAAUUUAAGUUAUGAAAUUCUAAAAAA